AUGAGUUCUCCAACGGGAGAAGGAAACUCACCUACUCCUGGCCCUGCGUCCUCGACCCCUCAGACGGAGGGUCUUCUGCCUGGAGCUCACUGGGGUCAUCGACAACUUCCCGAUAACAACACAGAUUCAACCCUAGGGAGUGAUGUUGAAAGCUCGACUGCCUCGAUUAGUUCGAGUAUUCUCAAAUACCGCACCAUUGAGGGUCGGACCUACCACAGCGAUAGCGUGACAGAUGGAGAAUACUGGGCACCUAACGACGACAAGGCUAAUGAAAUGUUGGACAUCUUUCACCAUUUGGCGAACCUUCUCUUCGAUGGCGAGCUUUAUACGGCUCCCAUUACAGAUGAGCCCAAGAAUGCCAUUGACAUUGGCACGGGAACGGGGUUAUGGGCGAUCGACUUUGCCGAUAAGUUCCCCGAGUGCAACGUGAUCAGCACCGAUAUUUCGCCCAUCCAGCCUAGUUGGCUCAGCGGUGCUGCGAAGGACUGGCCAGAGAUCUAUAGGCAGGCUUACCGAUACUGCAAGCCGGGUGGCUGGAUUGAGCAUAUCGACACUUCAACUGUUUGCUAUUCGGACGACGGCAGUGUGAACGAGAAACAUGCUAUGGCUCAGUGGAGUAAGGUCUGGCAGGAAGCUGCAAGACUGACUGGUUACCCGGUUGACCUCAUUGAGAAAAAUCGGAUGGAGGAAGGCAUGAAGGCAGCGGGAUUUACAAAUAUCGUGUCGAAGGACUAUCCCAUCCCUUUGUCACCAUGGCCCAAGGACCCAAAGCAGAAGGAACGCGGCCUCUUCUUCCACGCUCUUUGGGCGCCAGAUCUCGAGGGCUAUGUUCAGCACACGUUUGGAAACGUCAUGGGUUGGACGAAGGAGGAGAUGAAGAUUUACAUUCAACACUUGCGAGCCGAGCUCAGGAACCCCGACCUCCACGGGCAAAUAAUCUUCCGCUCGGUGUACGCUCAGAAGCCGCUGGAUGCUUGA